ACAAAAAGAUAAUAAUUUUCAACACAGAGGAUAUAGAUACAGUGGUACUUUAAAUCUUAUCUUAGUUUGUUAGCAACAUUUCAAGGACUAUGUCAGUUUCUACGUGUGAUAAUGAUAAACAAUUGGAGCAGACAACCCAACUCACUAAUGGACAAACAAUCCUGGGAGGGAAUGAAGAGGAGAAGGAAGAAAAAAAGUUGAAUUUUCUAAAGAUGUCAGGAAACAACAAGAGAUUGUUUAUUAUGUUAGCUUUGUCGGUUUUUUCGUGUGGGUCAGGGUAUUCCUUGUUGGCACCGUUUUAUCCAUUGGAGGCUGAGAAGAAAGGCGUGUCACAGACCAUCAUAGGACUUGUGUUCUCUGUGUUCUCUAUUGUUAGUUUCUGCGCCAGUCCUAUCAUAGGUGGCAUGUUGACAAUUUUAGGUGCUAAGUUUGUGUGUGUGGCGGGGCUUGGUUUGGCUGGUUGCAGCUCUCUGUUAUUCGGGGUGCUGGACAAAUGCCCGUCUGGCACUCCCUUCAUCGUCCUCUCCUUCAUUGUUCGCGUGGUCGAGGCUCUGGGUGCCCUAGGGGUCGUCAUAUCCAGCAGCUCUAUAGCGUCAUGCCAGUUUCCUGAUAACGUCAGCACUGUUGUGGCCAUAUUGGCCGCAUUUUACUGCAUUGGACUGAUGAUUGGUCCAACCAUCGGAGGUCUGCUCUAUGAGCUUGGAGGUUUUGGCUUACCCUUCUGGGCCGUUGGUGCCGCUAUUUUAUUGGCGGGGGUCAUCAUAUUUAUCACACUACCUCCACAACAUGGUAAGUACUGA